UUGAGACACACCUCUCAUAGAGCUUUUCCUUUUGCAACAGGAAGAUGGCUCCUUCUCUGAAUACCAAAACACUUUCACUUUGCUCUCUCUUCUCUCUCCUCCUCUUUUUGCAUGUGCACGGAAACAAUGCAAGAGAGAUGAAGGCAGAGGAAGAGCUUCCAAAACAAAAUGAAGCCUCACCAGAUGACUCUUACACUCCUCCCUACAAAGCUGCAUACGCCACCACAACCACCAUCCAUCAUCAUCAUCAACCUUACCAAGCAGGCUACACUCACUCCCAAAAGGAUCUAAAACAAACAGGUAAACCCUAUAUCACUGCCUAUGGUGGUACCAAAAGGGGGAAUCAUCCUUAUAUAGCCGGAUAUAUUAAUGGCAGAAAAGAGAAUAAGCCUGCAGGUUACAUUAAUAACCAAAAGAUGAAUCAACCUUACAUAGCCGGAUAUAUUAAUGGUGGGUAUAUUCACGGCAAAAGAGAGAAUCAGCCUGGAUACAUUGAUAACAAAAAGAUGAAUCAGCCUUAUAUAGCCGGGUAUAUUAAUGGUGGGUAUAUUAGUGGCAAAAGAGAGAACCAUCAUCAUGGAUACAUCGAUAACAAAAAGAUGAAUCAACCUUAUAUAGCCGGAUAUAUUAAUGGUGGAUAUAUUAAUGGCAAAAAAAUGAAUCAUGAUACUGAAAAGAUGAAUCAACAUUAUGUAACUGCAUAUGGUGGUGACAAGAAAGAUUCAGAAGAAAAGAAUUCUGAAGAAUCUUACGCUGUUGCCUAUGCAAAAGAUUCCAAAGAUUCUUAUGCAAUGACAUAUAGAAAGACAGAAUCAGAGAAUGCUGAUGCAGCCACCACAAAAGGGGACCACACAGAGCUGUUCAAGAAAGGCUUUUUCUCUUUGGAUGAUCUUUAUGUAGGGAAUAGGAUGACCCUCCAAUUCCCUAUUGAAGAGUUUCCUCACUUCCUCACAAAGAAAGAAGCUGACUCCAUUCCUUUCUCAACAUCACAACUUCCAAGCGUCCUUCAACUUCUCUCAGUCUCUCAAGAUUCACCUGAAGCUCAAUCCAUGAGAGACACACUUGAACAAUGCGAGCUUCAACCCUUGACAGCGGAAACCAAGGUCUGUGUUUCUUCCUUGGAGUCCAUGAUCGACUUCGUUCGCUCCAUUAUGGGUUCUGAUUCUCAGCUAGACAUUCUCACAACCACCUUGCCUGCAGCAUCAAGCGUCCCGUUACAGAACCUCACAGUUCUGGAAAUCUCCCCAGAUAUCUAUGCUCCUAAGUGGGUGGCUUGCCAUCCAUUGCCUUACCAUUAUGCUGUUUUCUACUGUCACUUCAUAGACUCAGGGAGUAAGAUCUUCAGGGUUCGAUUGCGUUCUGAGAGUGGAGAGCAAAUGGAAGCUUUGGGAAUGUGUCACCUGGACACAUCUGAGUGGAGUCCUGAUCUUAUUUUUCUGCAGCAAAUGGGAAUCAAACCAGGGGAAGCGCCAGUGUGUCAUUUCUUCCCUGUGAAACAUCUCAUGUGGGUCCCUCUUCCUUCAAAGGCCGCCAUGUGAAGUGAAGAUCAUGUCUAGUGUCUUUGCCAUGUGUGUGUCGAAGUCGAAUAAUAAAUGAACAAAGCUGGUGGUCUUGGUGUUGUACAAUAUGUAGAAAAUCUCAAUUGCCAGCAUGGUUACGUUCUUCUCCAUCAUGCUUUGUUAUCUAGUUUAAUUUCUCCAAUAUGAUCCUAAAGCUUCUCUUAGCUUGUUAAGUCAUUUGUUUUGUCUUCUUGUUAGUCAGCAAAAUCAAUAAUUAACUUGUUUCUGAACCA